GUCUCAGAAACUUGUCUGCUGUCAUGAUGCACCUCCUCAAUACUGUACUGGCCAUGCUGCUUGUCUUCAACCAAGGGGACUGCAUACGAGACCGCAUCAUAGGUGGACAUGAGGCAAAACCUCACAGCCGUCCCUACAUGGUCCUCGUGGUAUACAGAUCCCCGGAGAGAUGGUCAGAAUGUGAUGGUUUCCUAGUGAGGGAGGAUUUUGUGAUGACAGCGGCUCACUGCAAAGGAACGCCAAUGUAUGUUUACCCUGGGCUCAUCAGCUCAUCAAAACUGGACAAUAGCCUAAGAGUGAAAGCUAUACCAUGUCCCCAUCCCAAAUACACUUCAGGCAGAAAACAUGACAUUAUGCUGCUCAAGCUCAAGAACAAUGUUACGCUUACCAACAAGGUGGGGCUGCUAGCACUUCCUAGGGCAGACAAUGAUGCCCUCCCGACAACAAACUGUCUGGUCCCAGGAUGGGGAGCAACAGUCUUCAGUGAAAACUCGAAGAACUCCGACAUGUUGAGGGAAAUUAAUGUUACCAUUGACACCUCUCUCGACUGUGGCACUCCAGCAGAAAUCUGUACUAGAGCAACUGUAGAGGAUGGCCCUUUUAAGGGGGACUCCGGAGGACCGCUUGUUUGUGGUGAAGUUGCGUGUGGAGUGGUGUCCCAGUGCAGCAAAAAUGACAAAACGUUCACCCACUACUACAUUCGGAUUGCUCACUACCACCACUGGAUUGACAAGAUAAUGAAUACCAGCCACUAAACACCCAGCUGCAACAAUAUGAUAACCAAUGUGGAAAAAGUUUCCUGAAAAUUAACUGGUUACAUCAGUCUGCUUCAACCCAACCAGGUUCUCACCAUCCUCGGUCCCCGAAUUCUGUCCAACUGCAGAGAUCUUUUUCAAGCUAUAAGCUACAUGUCCCAAGCAAGUUGGAGAAGUCUGGAUCAUUACUGUGCCCUAUGUGUCCAUGUCUGCACCAGUUACUCUAUUGUGUAAAUAACUACAUUAAAAGCAUUGGAAAUGUAA